AUGUGGCCACCAAUAAUUAGCGAUGCGGCCUCUUUUCCAUUACCAAUAUUUCCUCCACCACAAACAAUGUCUGCACCAUCUCACCAAUCUACAACAUUUCCUCCUCUUCCACUUAGCGUACUACUCCGUUAUCUAUCUCCUCCAAAUGGUGUUGAACCUACUCACUUAAGACAGCCCAGUGAAUUACCUGUCUACCCAGCAAUUUCAAUACCCCCCAGGACCGAGCCAAAUAUGGAUUUCGGGUUUCCCUAUUUCUUUCAACCGCCAAAAAUGUUCCAACUUGAAAACGAACUUGAUUGCAAACAAGCUCAAAAUCAAUUCGAAUCCGUCGACGUCACCCUAUCACGAAAAACCAAGCGUCAAAGUAGGCCCCCAAGAAGCAGUAGUGAUGAAGUGAAUAUUGGAAGUAAAAAGUGCAAAAAGAUUUCUGCUACUACACUGAGUGAUACGAAUGAGCAUAUUGAGGAUAUAAGGAGAUUCGCAAGGGCCUUCAAAAUGAAGCGAUUGAGCUUGGGCCUUACGCAGACUCAAAUUGGU